GACAGUCAAAUAAAGGUUUACAAAGUGCCUACUUGUCAACACUAGCAACAUGUACAUCCUUCUACUUUUCAUUGGUACAGCCAACUGUGCCAACAUCCUGGGACUGUUCAUGUACCCUUCUCUCAGUCACCAACUGGUCUACCACAACAUCAUGCAAGAACUAUCCUUACGAGGUCACCACGUCACCGUUGUAACUACCGACCCCGUAAACAACCCCGCUUUUACAAACCUCACAGAAAUCGACGUCCGCUGCGCCUACGACGUACUCAAAGUGAAAAACGUGCAAAAAUUGUUUUUCAAGGACUUGACUGUGUACCAAGCGGUCGAAAAUUUGUACAAACUUUUGGACGUUAUCACCGACACAGAAUUAAGAAGUCCUUCAUUUCAAAAAUUGCUUGGGGAUUAUAAUAGCACGUUCGACUUGAUUCUUGUGGAACUAAUGCAUCCAGUAAUGUACGCACUAUCUGAAAAAUUUAAGGCACCAAUGAUCGGGAUUUUGUCGAUGCCCAUUUACAGCGCCCAGUAUGGUGCUGUUGGUAAUGUGAACCAUCCAGUUUUGUACCCCGAUCAUAGCAUGAACCUUCCGGCUGGAAACAUGACGCUGUGGGAAAAGGUUCAAAGUUUGGCGUUUUUUGGGUGGUACAGUUUCUACUACUGGAAUGUGAUUCAGUCGAAAGCUGACAAGCUGGCCAAGAAGUAUAUCGGGGAUGUAGCAUACAUUUCCGAGUACGAGAAGAGUGUCAGCAUGUUUUUGCUUAACAGACAUUACCAAAUACAAAGUUUGAGAGCAAACGUACCUGCAGUGGUUGAAAUUUUACCUUUGGAGUACCACUCACCUAAACCUUUACCAAACGAUUUGCAAAAAAUUUUAGAUGACGCUAAAACCGGUGUAGUUUAUUUUAGUUUAGGAACCAACGUGAGAAUGUCCCGUUUGGAACCACAAACCCGAGACAAUAUUUUACAAGCUCUGGCAGAACUUCCUUAUCAGGUUUUACUCAAAUCUGAUGUUGAUUUUCCUAAACCACCUACUAAUGUGGUGAUUAGAAACUGGUUUCCACAGGAAGACCUUCUAGCACAUAGUAAUGUUAAGGUUUUUGUGACACAUGGAGGGUUGCAUUCGCUUGAAGAAGCCGUGUCAAGGGAAGUACCCAUUGUUGGUAUACCGUUUUAUGCUGAUCAACCCGAAAAUGUUCGCAAGUUUGUGGCUUUAGGGAUAGGUGAACAAAUCAAUCCGACUUCUAUUACUGCAACAGAGCUAAAAGAAGUUAUUGUGAAAGUAGCUGGAUCUAAGAUGUAUAAAGACAACAUCAGGAAAGUUCGUCAGGUCGUUUUCGAUAAACCAAGAAGUGGAUUAGAAGAUGUUAUCUGGUGGUCCGAGUAUGUGAUUAGACAUGGGGGUGCCAAACACUUGAAAAGUUCAUCUGUUCACAUGUCUUGGUUUACUUAUUUGUUCUUAGAUGUUAUAGGGUUAAUAAUUAGUUUAGCAGGGUUAUUUGUUAUUUUAGUUCAUUGUUUGAUUAUUGCAUUGUUAUACUUCCUAAGUUGA